GGCGGGUCGGAGGUGGAGAUCCGGAUCCGGAGCGGCUGAAAGGCGGAAGUGGAGGCCGGAGCCUGGGACACCGCCGGGGGGAGAGGAGCGGAGCCUGUCCGAGCCCCGGCCCCAAGUAACGCCGCCGCCCCGGAGCCGCCUUGGAGGCCCCUCCCCACUAAGUGCCUCUUUGCACAGCGCUGGCCCCCGCCCCCACGCUCACCGGCACCACUGCAGCGGGACGGGCCAUGGCGGGUCGGGGAGGUGCAGCACGACCCAACGGACCAGCUGCUGGGAACAAGAUCUGUCAGUUUAAGCUGGUCCUGCUGGGGGAGUCCGCAGUGGGCAAAUCCAGCCUCGUCCUCCGCUUUGUCAAGGGUCAAUUCCACGAGUACCAGGAGAGCACAAUUGGAGCGGCCUUCCUCACACAGACCGUCUGCUUGGACGACACAACAGUCAAGUUUGAGAUCUGGGACACAGCUGGACAGGAGCGGUAUCACAGCCUGGCCCCCAUGUACUAUCGGGGGGCCCAGGCUGCCAUCGUGGUCUACGACAUCACCAACACAGAUACGUUUGCACGGGCCAAGAACUGGGUGAAGGAGUUGCAGAGGCAGGCCAGCCCCAACAUCGUCAUCGCGCUCGCGGGCAACAAGGCCGACCUGGCCAGCAAGAGAGCCGUGGAGUUCCAGGAAGCACAAGCCUAUGCAGAGGACAACAGUUUGCUGUUUAUGGAGACAUCAGCAAAGACUGCGAUGAACGUGAAUGAAAUUUUCAUGGCAAUAGCUAAGAAGCUUCCCAAGAACGAGCCCCAGAAUACAGCUUGUGCUCCGGGCCGGAACCGAGGAGUGGACCUCCAGGAGAACAACCCUGCCAGCCGGAGCCAGUGCUGCAGCAACUGAGCCCCCCUUACCUGCCCACUGCCCCCACCUCCUCCGCCUCGACGACCCGACUGGAAUCCACUCUAACCAAUCGCACUUACCGACUCGGGCCACCACUGGGGGGCAGGGGGAGGGGCCCACCAUGGUUUCUCCAUAUCAUUUUGAUCAUAGGCCGGAGUGAGUUAUUCCACCUGCACCUUUCUGUACAAAUACUAAUUCAAUUUUAA